AUUUUAAUACUACAGAAAACCAAGUUUUUUUCGAAGAUUUGACGUUGCGUUUUCAGCGAGUUUUUUAAAGUGCCAAAUGACGUAACGUUAGAAAUAUGAAGGACAGAGGGCUGAACAUGGAUCUGAAGCUGCCAACGCGUAACGUCCUCACCGGAACUGUUGUUAACUGGGAAGAUGAUGAACUUGCAGGAAUUGGCGACAAUCCAGAGAAUCUCACAUUGGCCUGGAAGGAUCUAUCGGUUUAUAGGAAGAAAAAGAUUCAAACUAGCAUGUGGAGGUCAUCAACUUACGAAGAGGUCAAAGUUUUAAAUGGAGUCAGCGGCUUUGUAUCCUCCGGCAACUUAGUGGCACUAAUGGGCUCCAGUGGUGCUGGCAAGACCACACUUCUAGCAGCCAUAAGCCGACGGGACAAAAGCGCUAUGACUGGGUACCUCAUGCUAAAUGGAAGACUAGCCGGUGCUGACUUAAUAGCCAGAAUAUCUGGUUUCGUACCACAACAUGAUUUGGCUAUUGAGGACCUAACUGUUACUGAACACAUGGAAUUUAUGGCACGAAUGAUGAUGGAUAAACGAUCAACAAAGUUAAUGAGAGCAAGACGUAUACACCAGUUACUUGGGGAGUUGGGUGUCGACAAAUGUAUCAGGACUAAACUAAAGGCUCUAUCAGGAGGCGAAAGGAAACGUGUAUCACUAGCUGUACAGCUUCUAAACGACCCGCCGAUCCUUUUCUGCGAUGAACCCACAACGGGCUUGGACAGCUGGGCAGCAAGUGCUGUCGUCUCUCGACUUAGAAGGCUUGCAAUAGGAGGGAAACUUGUUGUCUGCUCUGUACACCAGCCCGCGUCUGGAGUGUUUGAACUGUUCCAUCAAGUUGUAUUCCUUGCGAGUGGAAGAAUUGCUUUCCAUGGUACUCUACCUCAAGCCGGGGAGUUCUUUAGCUCGCUUGGCUACAAGUGUCCCCUAGGUUUCAAUGCAGCAGAAUACUACGUAUCCCUACUCGGUGUCCAGUUGGACAAGGAAAAGGAAAGUCGCGACAGAAUUAGAAAGAUCUGUGAUGAAUACCAACGGUCAGAUGUCGCAGCUGAAAUUGAAAACCAGGUUGGAGAUAUUAAAGACGAGACAGAAUAUUUCAAUGGAUUCGUCGAUGAAAAGAAUCAACAUUUCGAACGUUACUUAACUCUAGUCAAAGUAAAUUACUGCGUUCAGUUUUAUUGGCUAAUGUGGAGAAAUUUUCAACAAAUGAAGCAUAACAAAAGCAUAUGGAUAGCAGAAUUUGUUCUUCUCAUGUUCGUGGGAACGAUGAUCUCAGUUCCUUACAACGGUCAUUUCGAUGAGCUGGAUCAGCGCGACAUCCAGAACGUCCAAGGUCUGCUUUACCUGACCAUAACUGAGACUAUCUUUCUCUUCAUCUAUGCUGUCUUCAUCACGUUCCCAAGCGAAGUUCCUAUUUUGCUUAGAGAAACUGCCAAUGGAUUGUAUUCACCUUUGCCGUAUUAUUUGUCAAAGAUGAUAUUUUGGAUACCAAGGGCAGUGAUAGAGCCAAUAAUAUUCGGAGCCCUUAUCUUCAGUGUGGCUGGUCUACGUGGCGGUUUUGCAGGAUUGGUCGGCUAUUGCUUUGUUUGCAUUCUUUGUGCAAACUAUGCCAACGCUUAUGGUUCAUUCCUCUCGUCCGUGUUCGACAGUAUGGAAACUGCAGCUCUCAUCUCAGUGCCUUACGAACUCAUUGGCACGAUGUUCUCCGGUAUCUACCUUAAUCUGGCCACCGCACAUCCAUACGCCUCUUGGCUUAAAUACAUCUCUGGCUUUUAUUACGGAGUUGAGUCCAUUUCAAUACUCCAAUGGGAUUCUAUAGAAAACAUUGAUUGCAUUGAUAUACCUGGUAUGCCAUGUAUCACCACUGGAUCCGAAGUCUUACAGAGAUUUGGUUACGUCGAAGAGCACUUUUGGAGAAACUGUGGUUGUCUGACCGCCAUGUAUUUUAUUUUGCAUUUUAUUUCGUAUAUUAACGUGGUUAGACGAAGUAGGGCUGCUCCUGUUUAUUGAAGCCCACCUCAUCAGCACCAUAGUGUAAUAAGAUAAGUAUGGUAUACGAACAAACAUAAAAGCAGGGCUUGUAUUGUACGAACACACAUAUUUGCAUAAAUCUAGUGCUGGUGGGUCGUCUCAACCGCUUUUCAUUGUUAUGUGAAUGUGUGCAUCCAUACAUGUCUUGCACACAUAGCCGCGCCGUUACGUUUACGGUUAUAUGAAGUUAUUUUACUUGUCCCAUUUUAGUACGUCAACGCUUUAUAUAUUGCUUAACUUAAAUACUUAAUCUUAAGGAUUCUUUAUUUUAAUUGUACCAUUGUUACGGCUUUUUGUAUUUUG